ACAAGUCGAGAAGUCCGAAGAUCGCCGAUGGCGCUUUGGCAGCACAGUGGAUCUUCUAUAAUCGUCUCGAUUCGCUUAUUGACCCUCGGUCGCCUCCAAGAAGGCGCCGCCGCCGCCGAUGGCGGUGCCGCCGCUGGCAGCUCAUCGCAAGGGGGCUCCGCUGCCGACGGCGAUCGCUGUUUGUCCGAACGAGAUGAAGGAGAAGAGACAGACUGCCAUUGUUCCGCUGACCGAAGAUCGGAGGCAUUACACUACGCCUCCUGCUGCGGUUUCAGAUGAGGGCGAGUCGGACUCGUCAUCGUCGAGAUCUUUAGGAUUUUAUAGGAAGAGAUCGAGGCCGGUCAUGAGUAAGAAGGGAUCGGGGAAGGGUGUGAGGAGGGAGGAGGAUGGGAUUAGGGAGCUGUCGGAGGCGAUUAUGAGGAUGGCAGAGAUUUACGAGAAGGUGGAAGUGGAUAAGCAGCGGCAGAUGAUGGAGCUCGAGAAGCAGAGGAUGGAGUUCGCCAGGUCGAUGGAGUUUCAGAGGAUGCAGUUGUUUGUAGAUUCACAGGUUCAGUUGAUGAAGAUGAAGACGAAGAGGACAAAGCGGAGCGAUGCUGAGGGUUAUUUGUAACUGUAAUGCCGAUCUUUCAAGAGAAGCUUCAAAGUGGAUGACGUACUUCUUUGGAUUCUGCUCAGUUUCACACGAUUUUUAUUCCAUUCCAUACUGGGCAAUUUCGGAAGAUGAUGCCAAAACAUCAGCAUUUGUGAUCUUAGCAAGACUCGCUGGCUGAGGUUUUAAAGAUUAUUAGAUGGGAAGUAGCAGGCUCAAUAAGAUACAUACCAGUAGGAUAUCUAACUUGCGAGUUUUCUAUUUAGUUACAAGUGAUGAUGAACAAGUGCAAAGUUUUUGCCUGGACGGUUGUUCAUAUA